CCGCAAAUUUCCUCUUGUAAGCUGACCCACUUCUUCAAUCCUUGCCACGUCGUGUCCAAACUCAUGCAGGAACCCACCCUCCCGAGUGCAGCUAUAAAGACGGAGUCCCAGCUCGCGGCAACCCCUUGUUCUCUCGAUUACUUCCACGACCAAAGAUGAAGAUGGAUCGUUCAUGCAAUGCCCAACGCUUCUUCUGGAGAGCCCUCGUUCUCUUUCUAUCCCUACCUGCCCAUCAAGCUCUCUCCUCGAAGAGCACUCAGGCCUUGAACAACAGGGCCUCGGCUUUUCUUGUCUUCGGGGACUCCACGGUCGACCCGGGGAACAACAAUCACUUGAAUACGGUGUUCAAGAGCAAUUUCCCGCCUUAUGGCAGGGAUUUUACCAACCGGGUGCCGACUGGGAGAUUCUCGAACGGCCGGCUUGUGAGCGAUUUCAUGGCAUCGUAUGUCGGAGUUAAGGACGACGUGCCAGCGUAUUUUGCACCAAACCUUAGCUUUGAGGAUUUGAAGACUGGUGUGAGCUUUGCCUCUGCUGGUUCUGGAUACGACCCUCUGACACCGAAGAUUAGUAAUGUGUUGUCAUUACCAAAGCAACUGGAGUAUUUUAAGGAGUACAAGAAGCGGCUCAUGUCGAGGAUGGGGAAGCAAAGCACAACGGACCACAUCAACAAUGCCGUCUUCCUCUUGAGCGCUGGCACCAACGAUUUCGUCGUCAAUUACUUCACCCUCCCCAUCCGGCGGCGGAGCUUCACCAUCGCCGCGUACCAGCAAUUCGUGUUGCAACAUUUGAAAGACCUCAUUAAGCUUUUUAAUUUCCUUAAUUCAGGGUUUGUGGGAGGAAGGAGCGAGAAGGAUAUUAGUGGCGGGAUUGGCUCCAAUGGGUUGCUUGCCAAUCAUGAUCACCCUCAACUCGAACAACGCCCUCCUGCAGAGAGGUUGCAUGGACCGAUUCUCAUCGGUGGCAAGAGACUACAACGUACUCCUCCAGAUGGAGUUGGCCUCCAUGCAAAGCAGCUUGGCAAGUCAAGGUUCCAGAAUCUAUUAUGCAGAUACAUAUAACCUUCCGAACGACAUGAUUCAGAGAUUCCCGAUUUAUGGAUAUGAUGAAGCUCACAAAGGAUGCUGUGGGAGUGGGCUACUGGAAACAUCGUUCCUGUGCAACCCCGAUUCGUAUGUGUGCCCAGAUGCAUCCAAAUACGUGUUCUGGGAUUCAAUACACCCCACAGAGAAGACUUAUUAUCUGGCCUUUCAGUCGCUUCGCCCUGUCCUUGAUGCUCUCAUUCAAGACUAGCUCAAUCUUCGACCUCGCCUCGUUAUUAUUUAUUGUUUUUCCCACAAAUCUUUGGUGGCUCUCUGCGAAGAAUGUGCUAAUUCUCUGGAUGUAAAGCGCUCCUUAGAGAAGAGUAUAUGUAAGCCUUGAUAUCAAAACCCAACCAUGGCUACGAUUUUAGAGCAUAAUAAAGGAGAUGAAGUGAUUUGCGCACCUAUGGUCCUCUCUAGUCUCAAGCCUUCUCCUCUAUUGCCCCCCUUAACACUAGCUUCAAUGAGACUACCCUCACUCUCUCCUUAUGCUAGGUUGUGUGUGCCAUUUAUGUUAAAGAAGACACUUGAACACUAUUUAUAGAGUUUUCAGUCA